AUGUAUGUCGGUACAGGUUCACCUAUUCCAUUAGAUUCGGUUGAUGCUUUUUGGAGAAAGCUUGAUUUGACGCCUUCUAUAUCUGUGGAAUAUGGUGAUCUUAAUGUUGAUCAUCGUAUGCAAAGAUUUCGUCUCCCAUCUUUCGUCUACCUUCCUUCAUCGUCGACACUCGCCAUUUACAGGCCGGCUCACCUCCGCCCGCUCUGUGCUUUUCACCUGUCAUCCUUCACUGUCGCUUUGCGGUUGGCUCUUACUCUAUUCUCUCGCUUCAUGUCUGGUUAUCAUUCUGUAUGCAGGGACGAUGUGUAUGAGAUCUUGUGAUUGAGACACAAGACGUAAGCGAUCAAACCAACAAUCAUAGCGUAUUGAGAUACAGAAAUCGUGGGAAGGGUGAAGGACCAUCACCCAUAACUCAUAAUGGUUGUUCUCUCUGAACUUUCAGAACGAUCUUCAUCCUCUUCAUCAACUCAUGGUCAUAUAUAUGACGUAUUUUUAAGUUUUAGAGGUGUUGACACACGUCAUAGUUUCACUAAUCGCCUUUAUAAUGCCCUCAUGGAUGCCAAUAUCGCUACCUUUUUGGAUGAUGAAGAGAUUGAAACAGGGGAAGAUCUGAAACCAGAAUUGGAGAGUGCGAUUAAAGCAUCUAGGGCUUCUAUUAUCGUAUUGUCGAAGAAUUAUGCUACUUCAACAUGGUGUCUUGAUGAAUUGGUGCUAAUCCUUCAGCAACGUAUGACAUCCAACUAUAUUGUAAUCCCCAUCUUUUAUCAUGUGGAGCCCACCCAUGUUAGGAAGCAACAAAAUAGCUUCGGAGAUGCAAUGGCUAAGCAUAGAGACAAGAUGCAUGCAGAGACAAAUUCACGUAAAAAAAGUCAAUGGGCUCAAAAGAUAGAGCUUUGGAAUAAUGCACUUAGAGAAGUUGCUAAUUUAAAAGGGAAGGAUGCAAAUGGCAGGUUUGAGGUAGAGUUUAUUGAUGAAAUUGUUAAGGACAUUUUCCGUAGAUUACGUAUAUCUUCAAGGUUUCCACUACCACAACUUAUUGGGAUGGAGGAUUCCAUUAACUUCAUCACUUCAUGGUUAAAAGAUGUAUCCUCAUGUACAACAGAUAUACUCACUAUCUUGGGUAUGGGUGGGAUCGGGAAGACAUCAUUAUCCAAAUAUAUCUAUGCAUUACAUUCUCAUGAAUUUGACACAAGCAGCUUCAUUGAAGACAUUAGUAGGAAAUGUGAUGAAAAAUAUAAUGGGGUGCUUGAUGUACAAAAACAACUAUGUGAUGACAUUUCAAAACCAAGUUCUAUUCAAGUUCUUGAUGAUUCUAUAUACACCUCAAUGAUAGAGAAUGUAGUGGCCCGUAAAAAGGUGUUUCUAGUUCUUGAUGAUAUUGGUAGUCUCGAUCAGUUAGAUGCGUUACUUGGAAGUAAAGGUUUUCAUCCUGGAACCAAAAUCAUAAUAACAACAAAGGAUGCAUGGUUGACAAAAAGUUGUUCACUAUUCAAAACGAACUGUAAACCUAAGUAUGCACAGUACAAGCUUGAAGGCUUAUCUAAGACCGAGUCACAAAAACUAUUGUGUUAUCAUGCAUUUAUGUGCAAUGAUCCUGAGGCAGGUUAUGAAGAGGUGUCAGAAAAACUUGUGAAGUAUUGUGAAGGACAUCCAAUGGCUCUUAAAGUUUUGGGUAGGUCUCUACAUAAUCGAGAUGUGACUUAUUGGGAGGGGUACAUAGAUACACUAAAGAAAGAAAAUGAUUCACCUAUAAAUAAUGUCUUAAAAACGAGCUUUGACUCUUUGUCAUCAAAAAAUGAAAAGGACUUGUUUAAGCAUAUUGCUUGUAUUUUUGUUGGAAUGGAUAGAAAUUAUACCAUAACAAUAUUAGAGGCAUGUGAUAUGGAAACAACAACUGGGAUCACUAAUCUCAUCGACAAAUGCCUUCUUAGUAUCGGAUGGAAUAAUGAAUUGAUGAUGCAUGAAUUGGUUCAAGAGAUGGGAAGAUUUGUGGUACGUGAGGAAUCAAUUUACAAGCCUUGGAAACGAAGUCGAAUAUGGGGCUAUGAGUCAUUUAACGUGUUGAAACAAAAAAAGCUAAGAUGUCAUGUAUACUUGUUUAAAGCAUUUUGUAUUUCUAUAUACAUGUCUAACAUUUUGAAACUAUUUUUGCAUCCCCUGUUUUGUUAGGGUACGGAAAAUGUUCUAGGCCUCACCCUUGACAUGGGAAUGCUUGAGAAAGAGAAGUUACAUGGACCAAUCGAGUUGAAAACAGAUGCAUUGAGUAAGAUGGAUAGAUUAAUGCUUUUACAACUCAAUUAUGUGCAAAUAACCGGCUCUUACAAGAACUUUCCAGAAGAAUUAAGAUGGUUGUGUAUGCAUGGGUUCCCUUUGAAGUCUCUACCUUCAGACUUACCAAUGGAGAAUGUGGUUGCACUUGACAUGUCAUAUAGCAAUAUUGAAUCAUUUGGGAUUUGUUAUCGCUAUCCAGAACGACUUCAUAAGAGGCCAAAGCAAUUAACUGGAUCGUGCUCAAAAGAUAAAAGUUUGCUUGGAUCGUUGAAGAUUCUUAAUUUAAGUUUCUGUGAAGAGCUUCAGAGUCUUCUUGGUUUUGACCACAUCCCUAAACUUGAGAGAUUAAUACUUAAAGGUUGUAUUGGCAUGCUUGAUGUUUGUGAAUCAAUUGAGCAAUGUCUUGAACUUGUUGUCGUUGAUCUAAGCUACUGCAACAAGCUAGGAAAACUUCCAAGGAUCAUAGGCAUGUUGAAGAAGGUUGAAACACUUUUGCUAGAGGGUUGUAAUCUUGGUGAAUCUAGAAUAGAAGAUGUAGGUAUGGAUUCACCAGAAAUGAGCAAGGCUAACAACAUUGGCACAAACACAAUAACCUCUUCCUCCACUGUUUUGGAGGCUAUACCAAGUUAUUCAAAGUUAUUUGCGAUUUCUUUACCGAGAUAUUUAGUAAGCCUGUUACUUAAGAAUAAUAAUUUGUCCAUUGAAUCUUUUCCAUUGGACUUCAGUUGCCUAGCCAUGUUAAAGGAAUUAAAUCUAGAUGAAAAUCCUAUUGUUUCCCUACCUAGUUGUGUGAGAAGCCUUCCUAGGCUUCAGACACUUGGUAUGAAAAAUUGUAAUAUGCUUACGUCAGUCGAGCAUCCUCCACAUACACUCACACAUUUGAACCUUGAUUCUCAUUCUAAUAAUCCUUUGCUACAAAAAGUUGUAUUUGAUCGACAAAUGUCCCCACUCCAGUUCUUUCUCGGACAUAUGAUCUUGGCACUUUCAUCGUUUGAAUUUGAAGGUAUGGUCAAAAUCCAACCAAUGGCAGCUAUUGAGGAAAAGGUAUUACAUUGUUUGGGCUGGACUAACCUAGACUUCCUUAAUGGAAGCCACACGACAACUUCUGUUGAAUAUAGAGAAUCAGAGGAAUCUGAAAUACAGAUGUAUUAUGAGUUUGGAAUAUUCAGCACAAGUUAUUGGGAUAAAGAGAUGCCGAAUUGGAUAACAAAUAAAAGCAUUGGGCCAUCAAUAUCAUUUACAGUCCCAUCAUCUCCAAAGAAGCUCACAGGAUUAAAUUGCUGCUAUAUGCUGACAAAAUUAGGAGAAGGUAUUGUCGUUGAUUUACCGGUGAUCAAAAUUAAUAAUUUUACAAAGAACCUCACCUGGAUAUACAAAAAUUACAUAGGCAGUGUAUUCGAUACCAAUGGAGAGUGUGUGUCAUUGUUAAGUCAUUGGAUGUUUGGGAUGAAUGAGAUGGAAUAUGGUGACCACAUUACUAUUACUAUCCUGAGGGAGAAACCAGAUGUUUUUUCUUAUAAAUUUAGAAUUGAGUGUGGGGUGAGUUUUGUGUAUGAUGAUGAAGACAUAGAUAAAGAAGAAGAAGAUGCGUUGAGUUAUUACAAGUCAUGGAAUCACAUCAUUAGUGGAGAUCUUUCUGGAUUUCAGUUAACAACCGGAGAAUACAUCCUAAGCAAAGAUCGAAUGCUGCGGUCUUCCAUGGAUAUAGAUUAUCUGUGUGGAGAUGGUGCCCAAUUUAAAGAUGAGAAAGUGGAUUUCAUAGCUCUCUCUCAAAGGAAGUCUGGUCGUGUACCUGAGGAUGGGCCCUAAGGCCCGGAGUCGCAGCAAGCCAACAACAGAGGCAAGUUCCACGUCACGUAGGAAUCUCACGUUCAAGAAAUAUGAGCAUAGAGACUUUAAAUUCAUUGAUGCGUUGAUCCAAUUUGUACCUUAAGCAACUUGUACCAUAGAUGAGAGCUGUUGAGAAAACAAGAAGGUAUCCAAAAGGAGGGCAAAAGAACAAUUAUCAGAAUCUAUUGAAAAUGCACCAGAAAGCCAAAGUGCAUCGCUAGAUUGUACUGUACAACACAAUAACAAAUUCUUGGAGGACCUUUUGGCUCAUGGUUGCUGUUGUUACUCGAAGUUGCCACUUAGUUAAGUAAUCGUUAUUCAAUAUAACAUAAGAACACUUUUUCUAGGUGUCGAAAGUUUCACAUUUCAUGACUACAUGGCAUGGCUAAUUUGACACUAUUUGUGAAAAAUAGCCCGUGGUAAGGGGUCCUUUUCUGAUGUGUCAUUCGAUUCGGAAUGGUUGUUCGCUGGCCUACCAUUACAUUGUUUGUUUGUUCGUUUAUUGGCAAUGUUUGAUCAUCCAUUUUCCUUUGUAACCGGUCUUUCUUGGGUGUAUAAAUAAGGUGUGUUUGACAAUCUACUCGACAAAUAAUAUGUUUAUGAUGCUUUAUGUGG